UCUUCUUUCCUUGGACAGUGGUUCCCUAGAGAGUUUCAGCUGGCCAUCCAACCGGCAGGCUGCUGAGCCCCUUUACCUUUUCCUUGCAGGUCUUACUGUUGAAAACUUAACCAUAACUGGUUUUUCGAGAAAAAUAGUCGAUUCUGUUGCUGCUGAUCUGCCUAUAGAUGUAAAUAGAAAUCAUCCAACCUUAAGAAAAUGCUCAGAGCCAAGAUUAUCACAUGGGGCCAAAGUUGGAAUAACUUUAGGAGUAGUAGCUGUGGUCAUGAGCCAUGCAAGAUGCUUGUAUAAUGGUGUUUAUAGAAUGAAAACCGAAAUAAGUGCAGCAAUGCUAAGGAAUGGGCAGGUUCAACUUACGCCUGUUCAAGGUAUAACAGUUGACAGAGCAGUGGAGUUUUCAUAUGAAGAGCUUUCAAAAGCUACAAAUGACUUCAGUCUUGAUAAUAAGAUUGGUCAAGGUGGCUUUGGUUCUGUUUAUUAUGCAGAGCUCAGAGGCGAGAAAGCUGCUAUCAAGAAGAUGGAUAUGCAAGCAUCAAAAGAAUUUCUAGCCGAACUAAAGGUUUUAACUCAUGUUCAUCACCUAAACCUGGUGCGUUUAAUAGGAUAUUGUGUGGAGGGUUCCCUUUUCUUGGUCUAUGAGUACAUUGAAAAUGGAAACUUGAGUCAACACUUACAUGGAUCAGGAAGGGACCCGCUACCGUGGUCUACCCGAGUCCAAAUUGCUCUUGAUUCAGCAAGGGGUCUUGAGUAUAUCCAUGAAUAUACUGCCUCUGUGUUUAUACAUUGUGAUAUCAAAUCUGCAAAUAUACUGAUUGACAGGAACUUUAAUGGGAAGGUUGCAGAUUUCGGUUUAACAAGGCUGACUGAAGUUGGAAGUAGAUCGCGUCUUGUGGGUACAUUCGGAUAUAUGUCACCAGAGUAUGCGCAAUAUGGUGAUGUUUCUCCAAAGGUAGAUGUGUAUGCAUUUGGUGUUGUACUUUAUGAACUUAUUUCAGCUAAAGAAGCCAUAAUUAGAGCAAAUGGUUCUGAUGGUGAACCGAAGGGACUUAUUGCGUUGUUUGAUGAAGUUCUUAGUCAGGCACAUCCAAAAGAUGGCCUUGUCAAAAUGAUUGACCCUAGGCUGAAGGAUAACUACCCUCUGUAUUCAGUGCAUAAGAUGGCUCAACUCGCAAAAGCUUGCACACAUGAGGAUCCCCAACGAAGGCCACGCAUGAGAUCUAUCGUGGUUGCAUUGAUGAAUCUUUCAUCAUCCAUGGAAGAUUAGGAUGUUGGAUCUUCUUACGAUUCCGUUGAGUCUCAUAUAAGUUUGUUGCUCGUUCUUGUAUGUAUCUUUUAUUUUGAUACUCUUAGGGGGGACGGAGCGCCCCAUGAUAACUCAUCCACCACGCAUGGAACCAUCACGCACACCGCCGCCACCCAUUUUGAAAACGCGUGGAACCCAAAACGCGUCAAAUGUUUCACGCGUUGUGAUUUGAAAAUUGGAACGUUGUUUUGACCGUUG